AUGUCUGGGGUGCUACAGCGCGUUCCAAGCCGUCACAGAAAGCGAUCCGUUUUCUUGCAGCCGCGCGAGGACAAGGAUCAUGCCCCUGUCGAAGUUGACUGGCCCAAAGACGUGGUCAAGAUAUACAAGUGCCUAAAUCCGUCCAAGAUUAGCGGAUACACAAUCUUCUACAAUAUGCGAUCUACCAAGAACAAGUUCGUGGUCGAAGCUGUCAAGGCUGGUAGCAUCACGCUGUUCAUCUCCCAGCGUUCAAGCCAAACGUUGCGUUCGUUGAAAGUGUUGGUGCUCAUGGUUAAAAACGUGAAGUCCGACCCAAUAUUCGCCCACUAUCUGAAGCCUGACGUCCAGGUGGAGGACGUCCAAGAGGUGACCAGCAUUCGUGAGGCUCAAGUGCCAAGCUGUGUGCUGCGUCUGCUAAGGAAGAAAUCGCCUGGAGCCGAAGAGGAGCUUCCGGACAAGCCUGCCGUGACGAAGAGUAAUACCGCCGGAGGCCUGGAGACUCAAAGCCGACAUCCAGACGUACCGUAA